GGAGGGGGAGGGGGAGAGGCUGCGAGGGUCGGGGCACCCCGGCCACGUGCACCACGGGUAGGGUUGCCACCUGGCCCGGUUUUCCCAGGGUUGUCGUCGUCGUCGUCGUUAUUAUUAUUAUGCAAACAAACUGCAAAUGUCUUAAGUCUUCCCAAGUUGCUUGCAUGCAAGUGGGAUACUCGCCCUAAAUUAAAAUGUUUUGAUGUUUCAGAAAAUAAAAUUGAUGAGUUUUUUUUUAGUAACUUGUCUGAGCCAACUUUCGUUACUCUAAAUUAUUUCAAUAUUAUGUCCGUGCAUUGUUUUCGAAUUUUUUUCCUCCUUUAUUUUUUGCUCUGUUUCUUAUUUGCAUUCAUCGCUUCAUUUUCUCAACUUGUUCUUACGUUUUUGCUUUCGCGCGAGGUCACUCUUGCACACAACACUCUAGCGUGCUGUCUGGACUUCCUCAGCUGGUUCAACAAAAUCAACUUGGUACCUAAAUCUCUAAAACGCGUGGGGUUGCGUCAGUUGCAUACAAAUGCCCCAAUCAAGACGUACGUAUGUACGGUCCGUUCUCCUGGAAUGCCGCGUGUUGUUUUCAUAACGCGAAUUGGAUAUAACGCGAUUAAUGUAUCGGGAACACGUUAAUUUUUUAAUAACGCGGAUGCGAAUUGGAUAUAACGCGAUCGAGUGAAGGGAACAACGUCGCGCGAGUAGGACUAAGCGGUGGUACGGCUGCCUCGGCGUAGCAUCAUCACACAAGGCGGGAUGCUGCUGGAUGCUUCUAGAUGCUACCCACUCGCCUCAGUCUUUGCUCAGCCUCCGUACGCAUCUCACGUGUUAUCGCGGACUGCGCUUUACCCUAUGUUAUACAUUAUUUGUUAUAACGAGAUUUUUUUUUUAUAACGCGGUAUUCCUCAGGAAAGCAACUCCCUCGUUACAGGAGAACAAACUGUGUGUUGAACUUAUUUCGCACCGUACGUAGCGAUCCGUUGACACACCAAGUUCCCCCUUCUUCCAAUAUCUAUCGUGAGAUAAUCCCUCCCGCUGCUGCUGCUGCUGCUGCAGCUGCCACCAUGCGUGUCCGUUGUUGUCGCUUUUGUCUCUCGUUCUACCUCAGAGGUGGCAACGCCAACCACGGGGCGGGUUUCCCGCGAGGGCCUCUGGCCCCAGGGCUCGGGGUCGGCGUUGGCGGCCGCUCGGCCUGCGAGGCCUUUGCACUGCACGGGCCGCCCGUGCCCAAGAAGCUGUGCCUGGUGUGCGGCGACGUGGCCUCCGGCUACCACUACGGCGUGGCCUCGUGCGAGGCCUGCAAGGCCUUCUUCAAGCGGACCAUCCAGGGUAACAUCGAGUACAGCUGCCCUGCGGCGAGCGAGUGCGAGAUCACCAAGCGCCGGCGCAAGUCGUGCCAGGCGUGCCGCUUCGCAAAGUGCCUCCGAGUGGGCAUGCUCAAGGAAGGCGUGCGUCUCGACAGGGUGCGUGGGGGCCGACAGAAAUACAAACGCCGGAUUGACACGGAGAGCGGCGGUCUCCUGCAGCCACCCACCGACGCCGCCGCCUUGCAGCCCGUAAAGCGACCCGUCAACAAGAUGGUCUCCCAGCUGCUCGUCGUGGAACCCGACCGCCUGUUCGCCAUGGCGGGGCCCGGGGCGGCCGAGUGUGACGUCACAGCGCUCACCACGCUGUGCGACCUCGCCGACCGCGAGCUCGUGCUCAUCAUCGGCUGGGCCAAGCACGUGCCGGGCUUCUCCAUCCUGUCGCUCGGCGACCAGAUGUCGCUGCUGCAGAGCGCGUGGAUGGAGGUGCUGGUGCUGGGCGUCGUGUUCCGCUCGCUGCCGUGCCACGGCGCGCUCGUCUUCGCCGACGACCUGGUGCUGGGCGAGGGGCUGGCGCGCCGCGCCGGCCUGCAGGAGCUGGCGCAGGCCAUGCUCCAUUUGGUGGGCAAGUACCAGGCGCUGCGCCUCGAGAGGGAGGAGUACGUGCUGCUCAAGGCGAUAGCGCUCGCCAACUCCGACUCGACACACAUCGAGGACGCCGACGGGGUGCAGCGGCUGCGUGACGCGCUGCACGAGGCCCUGUGGGAGCACGCGGGCGGCGCACGUCGCGAUGAUCCGCGGCGCGCCGGCAAGCUGCUCAUGACGCUGCCGCUGCUGCGCCAGACGGCGGCGCGCGCCGUGCAGCACUUCCACGCGCUCAAGCUGGAGGGCCGCGUGCCCAUGCACAAGCUCUUCCUCGAGAUGCUCGAGGCCAAGAUUUGAGGAGUUGGUCGUGCGAACGAGGCACGGCGACGAGGGCGACGGUGAUGCCGACAAUUGCCGCGGCGACGGUGUCGGUGAUGACAGCGACGAGGGUGAUGAUGAAUUUCCAGUGUCGUAUAGAUACUGUUUUGUUGAACAAUUACGAUGAUGAUAGCGGACAUGAUGACGGUGAGGGUGACAAUGCUGAUUUUGGACAGUGUGGCAGCUGACCGCAAUGGAGGGACCACGAUAAUGAUGAUUAUGACGAUGAUCGUGAUGAUCAUAAAGCACCAUAGUUGAAUGGUCAAUGUUGUAGUUGAGUCUUGGCCGCAAUGGAAGGAACAUUAUGAUGAUGGUCAUGAUGACGGUUGCUGCUACUAAAAGUUGGAAAUUGAUCACAAGCGCCAUGUUCAUAGCAUUUAAGUUGAGACUCAACCUUAGCGGAGGGUUGAUGAUGAUGGGUGCUGCUCUGGUCAAACAUUUAUCAGAAGUGUUCCAAUAAUUUGAACUGUGCUUCAGUUGAGUCUUUAUCCCAAUAGUGAGAUGAUGAUGGUGGCCUGCGCUGCUGCUGUUUUUAUUUCCAAGAUAUUAGGCCAGCUGUCUGAAUAUAAAUGAUGUUAGCAUUGCGAUUUCAUUGGCUGGAGCGACGCUGAAGAUUUGUGCAAGCCUUCAAAUGACCAAUUGUACAUUAUGAUGUUUGCUGCUGUGUUUAAAAGUCGCAGAAGCACCACGUUUGUCUGGACAGUGUUCAAAGCGCCGGUCAUGUCAACAGUAUUUUUUAGUUGUGGCUUUCGGGGAGUGGAAUACCACCCAAUACUAUGAUGGCUGUGGCUUAACGCUGAUUAUGAGACAUCCUCGGCAGCCGGAACGAAGACCAAAGCUGCUGUGGCGAAAGACACGAGACUGAUUAGAAACUCUUGGAGGCUGCUUGCGGAUCUCUAUCAGGGAUUAACGCACACAGUUCAAGAUUAUAAACGCAGUGUUGCAGGUCAAAAAUAUUCCCUUCCAGUGCCCGAUUGGUGCGACGAAAAUUAUUGCGGUGAUGGAUAAAUGUAAUUUGCAGGCUUCUAUCGAAGUGGUAAGCCUCAUGGCCUGCAGGCCGUAUGAAAUGAAUUCACGGGCCGUGUCUGGCCCUUGGGCCAUGCAUUCCCUACCCCUAAUGUAAGGGUUUAUAAUUGUGGCGACUGCUAGACUGAAGUUCCUUGCCUCUGGGCCAAAUCACCCAGUAAUUCACAACAGCUGCACAUCAUGGGUGCCACGGUGGCGAGAUGUUAACUCCCUCGCCUGGUACACAGGAGGUCGUAGUUUCGAUCCCGACCCUGAUGACUGCUGUAUAUUUGGAGUUUGCGUGUCUCUCUCCCCG